AUCUUACUUAGACCGUGUGCUCUACGUUCUCUCUGGUUGCUCGUCAAUUUUGCAGGGAGAAAGGGUAGAUUCUCCAAAGACGACAAUGCAGGAUAGCAGUAAGUUCUUCCAGAUAUUCGUCAAGCUUCUAGAUGGCAAAACAGCAACCCUUAGAUUCACGGCUUCGCAAGUUGAUGGGCUCGCCAUUAAGCGACGGGUCUUCGAGAUCACCAAAAUCCCCACUCACUGUCAGCGCCUUAUCUACAGCGGGACACAACUCAGUGAGAGUUCCGUAAUCUCCAGUCCCGAAUGCACUGUCCACCUCUUGCUUCGCCUCCUUGGCGGCAAGGGUGGGUUUGGCUCUCUUCUGCGAGGAGCCGCCACCAAAGCUGGUCAAAAGAAGACCAACAACUUCGACGCAUGUCGUGACAUGAGUGGGCGGAGGCUGCGCCACGUGAACGCUGAGAAGAGGUUGGAGGAUUGGAAAGCUGAGGAGGAGGAAAGGAGAUUGGAGAAGAUUGCGGAGGAAUUUAUUAAAAAGAAGGCGAAGAAAGGGAAGAAGGGGGCUGGGGAGGGAGAGGCAGAAAAGUAUGUGGAGAAGUAUAGGAAAGAAUCCGCCAAGUGUGCAGCGGCGGUUGAGGAGGCCGUUAGAGAGGCGUGUGGGAAUGGGAACGGAAAGCGGAAGCGGAAGAUGCCAAAUGAGGGAUUGGAGGCCAAGAGGUUGAAGAUUUGGAUGGGGAAGAGAAAAUUGGGUGAAAGUGACAGUGAAGAUACGGAUGAGGAUAGCAGUGAUGAGGAAAAUGAGAAAUCUAUUGUUCUAAAUAAUGAAAAUCAUUCAAAUUGGAAUAACGAAGCUGAAGGGGGUUCAGAGUCAGUUACUGGUGGGAAGCAAGAUGGAGAAUUCUCUGGUGGUGUCUUAUGUGAGAUUGGUUCUGAGGGAGAAAAAGAUGCUACUGUGGAGCAAAAUUUGAAAUCUAUCCCUCAAGAAGAAAAUGUUCCCAGUGAAGACGAUGGAUUGGCUGAACCAGAGAUUCAUGAGGAAGCAGUACUACAGAGUUGUGGUGUAACUUGCAUGGGGACUGCUGAGAGUUCUGGAAUUGAUGCAGUUAAGGCUAAAAAGCUGGAUAAUGUUGGAUCUGACUCUCAGCCCUAUGUUACAACUCCAGCAAGUGGGGAUGGUAUUGAAAGCAGGCCAAUUACUGUUGAAGCCAUCUCUGACUUCAAAUCUGCAUCUAAUGGAGAAACUGUUGCAGUAAAUGUUAGGGACUCUGAUUUGGAGAAGCCACUGAAUUUUGAUGACUUCAAUUCAGCAGCGGAGAUGGAGGUUCUCGGCAUGGAAAGGCUGAAGAAUGAACUACAAGCACAUGGGCUCAAGUGUGGGGGCACUUUGUCAGAGCGUGCUGCCCGGCUUUUUCUUCUAAAAACUACUCCUUUGGAUAAGCUGCCAAAAAAACUGCUUGCUAAGAAAUGAAUCUAUGUAGUACAUAUUAUCUGAUUAACUGUUGACGCAUAUAUUCCCUUCAAAUGUAUAGUUUACUUGUAGUGCUUGUAAUAUGUUGUCAACUCCCGUUCAAAAAAAUAAUUUGCAUGAUGGGGAUUUUCUAUGACGUCAUAAUAUUUGGUAUCAUAUAUGCCUGCAAUGCAUAUUUUGUGGCAUAAAUUCUGGAAUUUUCAGCAUCAAUGGAAUUCGUCCACGAAUGGUU